CUGCUGGAGGCCGUUGGGCUUUGGACUGCUCCCCAGGAGGUUUACCAGGACCGUACCUACCGCUACCUGGUUGCCGGUGAAGCCCUUGACUGGCUAACCCUGGCGGAACGUCUCUGCCCUGAAAUUGAAGACUUUAUCCCUCCCGUCGACCUGGAGCGACUAUUGUUUGAGGGGGGCCUUCCGGAAGACGUUACCCCCGAGGAAUUCAAAAACUGGAUGGGUGGCAACAAGCACCGGGCCUACCUCAAUUACUGGUACGGCGUGGUGGUGGAGGAAGCCCUGCAGCAGGCGGUGGAGGACGAUGUGCGCAAGCGGGAGAAGGCCCGUUGCUACCCCGACCACGAGGACAUGGUGGAGGAGGCCUUUACUCACCUCUACGCCAAGCCCCGCGCCCAACUGUUGAAGGAAUUUCGCAAAGAGGCGAAAAUUGCCAGUCACGAACCCCUGUCCCUGGCCGACUGCAAGGAAUUCACCUACUGGCUCUCCAAGCUCCGAUUCAACCUCUGGGACCCCGCACGGGUCGCCAGCGACACCCGCAAGGGCAUGCGCUACCUGAACCACCUGGAACAGGUCCCCGGGCCAUUAUUGGCCGAGGAAGUGGGGGUUUAG